AAGAGCUGUUCCGUUACCGUUAGUCGUCUCCCUCUCUCUCUCUCUCUCUCUCUCUCUCUUGUCCCUUCCUCUCUUCUCCCUCCUCUUCGGCUCCCUCAUCUCUCUCUCUUCUAAAAAUUCUUCUUGUUCUCUUCUCAUAGCUCGCUUUUGCGUCGCGAGUGCGCGUGAGAGAGAGAGAGAGUGAGAGAGAGAGAGAGAGAGAGAGAGAGAGAGAAGGAGAUCGGGUGAGGUUCGAUGGGCGAUCAGUCGAGCAGCGCGAGCGGCGGAAACGGCGGCGACGAAGAUCCCAGCCUGCGCGAGCUGCUCGAGUGCCCCAUCUGCUUGAUCACCAUGCACCCUCCCAUCUACCAAUGCAAAAAUGGGCAUCCUUUGUGCUCGGCAUGCAAAUCUAAAGUGGGCAACCAGUGCCCCACCUGCAGACAGGAGUUGGGGGACAUCAGGUGUUUGGUGCUGGAAAAGGUAGCUGAGAAAUUUAAGCAUUCCUGCAAGUACCAGUCAUCAGGCUGCCCAGAAGUCCUUCCAUACAGCAUCAAAUCCAAACAUGAAGAACAAUGCAGCUUCAGACCAUUCAACUGUCCUUACCCUCGAUGCUCUGUCGUCGGGAACAUUUCUUUCCUUGUUGCGCAUUUAAAGGAUAGUCACAAUGGUCGAACAAGUAACGGGUGCUCCUACAGCGAGAGAUACAUCAUAACCUAUGAAACCGGGUUUCAGGAUAGGACUUGGAAGCCUGUUGUGUUUCACUGCUAUGGACACUACUUCUGCUUGUUCUUUGAGUCAUUUCAUCUCUCGGGCUCGCCGAUAUAUUUGGCUUAUGUCCGUUUUAUGGGUGAGGACAAUGAAGCAAGGAAAUAUAGUUACGGCCUUGCUGUUAAAACUAAUGGCAGGAAGAUGACAUGGGAAGGCAUCCCUCGAAGUAUUCGUGAUAGCCACGAGAGCAUUCGCGACAGCCUCGAUGGUUUUAUGAUUCACAGUGACAUGGCCACUUUCUUCUUUGAAGAAGAUAUAAUGAGAGUUGCAUGUUGGAUCUUACAAGAGCAACAGACUGCGGGAAACACUUCCGCUGAGGAGACGAGGGAUCAAAAAUUAGAGAAUCUUUGUCAGUUAUGGAAGAAUCUGCAACUAAUCUGAAGUCACAUUCUACAUAUCAAAAUGACAAAGCAAUUGAGGAAGUUUGGAAUAAGGUUGUUUCUGAACAUCAUCAUCAUUUGGCACUUCCUUUUUGUUACAUGUCUUGUUAUCUUUAAGUGAUUGUAACUGUGCUUCCCUUCAU